AUGUCGCUCAAACGCCGCGUCGCCUCGGCGGCGCUUCUUCUUGGCCUCUGCAUCGGUGGGUGGCAGCCGGCGGUUGCGCUGCCGCCGGCCGAGGGGGCGGUCCUGCUGGAGGUCACCGGCACCAUCGGCGCCACCAACGGCAGCACCGCCACGGGCGAGCCGGCGGCGAAGCUGGAUCUGUCCCUGCUGGAGCGCUUCGGCGGGACGGUGCUGACGACCGACACCCCCUGGACCGAGGCGCCGGUGACCUUCGAGGGCAUGUCCGGUGCGCAGCUUCUGGCGCUGCUGGAGGUGACCGGACAGAGCGCCACGGCAAUCGCCCUGAAUGACUACCGGGUCGAGAUUCCGGUCUCGGACUUUCGGGAGGCGGGGCUGCUGAUCGCCUACAAGCGCGACGGCAAGUCCAUGCCGGUGCGCGAGAACGGUCCCUUGUGGAUCGUCUUUCCCUACAGCCAGCGCGCGGACCUGAACACCAACGCCUAUCAAGCGCGUCCGGGCGGACUCCGCCACAAGGGCGGUCUACCGGCUCUUCUGGCGUUGCUGGUCGGGGCCGCGCUGGGCGCCCUCGCGAUCCUGUUCGCGCACGCGCUGAACGAGAUCAACAAGGAGGUCGGCGACCCGCCGGACAAUCUGCGCUGGGCGGUUUCCGACCUGGAGCACGAGUUCCUGCGCCUGCGCCUGGCCAGCGAGCGGACGGCACAAAGCGGCAGCGCGGCCGAUUUCCAGGCCUUGAAGCUGCGCCUGGACAUCUUCGCCAGCCGCAUCCCGAUCCUUCAGGUCGGCACUUUCCGCCGCAAGCUGGACGAGCGGCCCGACCUGGCCGCGAUUCUGGCCCAGGCCGAAGCGACGCUCGCGCGGGCCGACGAGGUGCUGCUGCAGGCCGAGACUUUGGGCCGGCGGCAGACGGCGCAGGCGCUGUCGCAGGCGCUGGAGCCCCUGGCACCGGCGUUGCGCCGGAUGACCGUACGGGUGGGGCAGCUCGAGAGCCAGCAACAGGCCGACUACCAGACAGAGAUGCAGCGGCUGCUCGUCCUCAUCGUCCUGGUCUUCAUCGUGCUGGCCGCCGGGGUCUUGGCCUUCGUCGUCCUGCUCUGGCUGCAGCACCGCCGCCUCAGCCAGUCGAACGCGUCGCUCUCGCGGCUGUCGCACGAGCUUUUCCAGGCGAACCAGACGAAGAGCCGUUUCCUCGCCAACAUGAGCCACGAGCUGCGCACGCCGCUCAAUGCCGUGCUCGGCUUCUCGGAGAUCAUGCGCGAGCAGCACUUCGGCCCGCUGGCGCCGCGCUACCGUGGCUAUGCCGAGGACAUUCACCGCAGCGCCAACCACCUGCUGGAGCUGAUCAACGACGUCCUCGACCUGUCCAAGCUGGAGGCCGGGCGGCGCCAGCUCGACCGCAGCGAUCUGUCGAUCGGGGUGGAGUUCGACUACGUCAGCCGCUUGCUCACCAGCAAGGCCGAGGGGGCCGGGCUGCGGCUGAUCGCAUCGGUCGAACCGGAUCUGCCGCCGGUCCCGGCCGACCGCCUCGCGCUGCGCCAGGUCCUGCUGAACCUGGUGGUCAAUGCCAUCAAGUUCUCGCCGCCGGGCGGCCGCGUCACGCUGCGGGCGGCGCGCGCCGGGGACUGCCUGCAGGUCUGCGUCAUCGACGAGGGCAUCGGGAUCGCGGCCUCGGACCUGGAGCGCAUUCUGCAGCCUUUCGAGCAGGUGCGCUCGCAGAUCGGCGCCGCGGCCGAGGGCACGGGCCUCGGCCUGCCGCUCAGCAAGGGGCUGGUCGAGCUGCACGGCGGCGAGAUGUGGAUCGACAGCCAGCCCGGGGCGGGGACCACGGUCAGCUUCACGCUGCCGCUUCGGCGGGAGGGACAAGAGACGCCCGGCGGCCCGGCCGCCGGCUUCGGGGCCUAG